AUGAGUUUAUAUACUACAAAAUACAGGCAGUCAUACUUUCCUGAACCUGAAAGAAUUCAGCAAGUCCAGCACAAACUCGGUGUGGACAGACCAAAAAUUCAAGAAAAAAGAAUAAUCGAAUGCGUCGAAAAAAAAACGCCGCAAGAAACUUUUUACCAAGGAGUGAACACCUUGCCACCAUCCUUUCUACAAAGUAAUACCAAACGAACCUUAUCCGAAAGCUUUUCAGAAGAAAGUUUCAACAAAAAAAAUCGUGUAGAAGGGCCGGUGAAAGACUUGGAGGAAUGCUUCUUUACUUCGAUGAGAGACCGCGUAGAAGAACUUGUCAAGCAAACUAAAACUCAAGAUAAAACAAAUGAACUGAAAAACAAGCUCCUAAAUGUAAAGACUCUACCGGCAGCAAUAAUAACGAACGCAGCACAACUUGCCAAGUGUGACAGAAAAGUAAUGCGCUCACAUAUGGAGCACCGCCCUGGGCUAAAAGAUGUUGAAGAAUGGAAGAAGUUCGUAUCUCAAAACUUCGACAAAAUAGCUGAGGCUGUCGUAGGUUCGGUCGUAAAAGACACAGCUAAAGUAUACUCUUCUUCCACUCCAACAAAUAAACAGCCGUAUGAAAAAAUGAGAACGUGCACGGUCCAGAUAAACAGCCUCUUCAGAUCGGAUCUCCCCCCUAUUGUAAAGACAUUCGUGUGUACUAGAUUACAAGAUUCGAUGGUUACCUCGACAGAUUAUACCCUUUGCUUUUCGGCACUCGUGAAUAUGAUAAUAAGUGAGCUGAGGACUAGCGAAUUCUUCUUUGACAACAAUGAUAUCAAUAUUAAGAAAGUUCCUGGAUUCAACCUCGCCAAAUUGCUGUCUUUUGUUACAACUAAUGAGCCAAAACAGACCAUCCAGCCAUUGGACAAGGAUUUAAUUGCCUCUAAACGAUUUGAUACGGACUUCAAGUGUCUCUUCACAAGCCAACAUCUGCAAGUUGUGCAUAGUUAUUUUUUUGGUGCCCGUGGUGCUAAAGAAGAAAAUUUAAACUCCCACCCUGUGCAGAAUAGUCUGUUUUGUUCUUUCAAAGAAUCCGGCCUUGAUAAACAGAGCUUCUGUCUUGAGAAAGCAUCAUCGUCGGCAAUGUUGAUGGCUCUUGAAACGUACCUGGUCAACUUCGAGAAUAUGUGGGACGGCAAAAAGAUAAUCAACAAGCUUUUGGACAAAGUGGUACUAGUGCUACUUCGCCACCAUCUUGCCCGCAAUAGAGACUCAAAGCGUAUCUCGACUACAACAACAAGGAAUCCACAUGAAAAGAAGGAUAUAAGAAACCAUGCGCGUUAUGUUUGUUGUGCAGAGGAUAAAAAGUGGAAAAAGUUGGUACAAAGAAAGGAAAAAGCAGGCGGAUUAGAAAGAGAAAAGUUGGCCACUAAGAUAAAUAGUGCGAAGCAGCGUCUAGCAAAUUUAAGGCAUACUUUUAAAAAGAAGAUAAGCCAAAUGCUGAAUGAUAGAAAGGAAGCUUCUGUGGAACACAAGCUCGUUGUUCAGGAUUUGAACAUCGCGGAAGAACAGCAAGAUUUUCUGGAAGAGGAGGGGACUUUGGAUGGUGAUGUUCCGGAAAGGAGGUUGAAUCAACUCAAGUCCAUAAUCAAACACUUGGUCUUCAGCAAUGAUACGCCUGUAUAUUUAGAAGAUGCCAAACAUCAGUCUCCUGAGGCCACCACCACCGAAAAGUCAGUAUGCUUGUUGAUCUGCAAUACGUUGAUGAAGUUCUUGCCUCCGAAAAAGCAAUAUCAUGUAAUUGCGUAUCAGAUGUAUUUCUGUAUCUUUGCAAACGACGUUCUUAAAUAUGCACGUUAUACAAAGUUUACUCGCGCAUUAUAUCCUUCAACAUUAUUCUCGUCAUUGAGUGCACUACACCUGGAUUCAGUUGCAUUAUAUCAGCUAUUGACCCAGAAUAUAGAUCAAGAAAAGUUAGAAGAACCAUCAUCACAUACCAACCAGCAAGAGAAGAAAGGGUAUAGUAGAAUGAUAUUUUAUGGGUAUAAUAGGGAUGAGCUGAUAGGGUCUCAAGACAAAGCGCGCCAAAACAAAGAUGCCACAUUUAAUGCAGUAUUUGAUAUGGGAGAGAUUCAGAAAGCAUGUGAAUCGUAUGGUCUAUCUUUUGCACAUCGGAUGACAUGUCUACCAGGAAUAAAAACAGUACGAUUAUUGGGAUCGAAAAUAAAAACCCGUGGCACCGUAAAAGAGGGGACAAAACAGUCAUAUGAAGCACGGAUUUUAAGAAACCCGAGCAUUAUGCAAGAAGGACGAAAAACAAAGGACAUUCUUUUUUCUGAGCUUCAGAGCUUAACAGAAGAAGUCAAGACACUUGAAUCUGUCCGUAAAAGAGAGCUAGAUCUUCUGAAAGACAGUAACUUCCAAAGGAAAAUCAAGGAAUAUAGCAGAAGUCCAAUUGAGAAAUGUGACAAAGGUGUGACCAAGGCGGAGGACCGAACUGUUGUGAAUCCUGGUUACUUUAACUAUGCGGGUACUGACAAUGGCCUGGUGAAUAUGACAACAUCAAUACCGAUGUCGUUACAAAGAAUGAAAUUUCACCUAAAGUUUUUCAACUAUUACACCGCGUUAAGAAAGGUCUCCAAUGAAGACAGUAUCGGCUUGAAUCUAUCCAAAGAAGAAGAAUCAUUCCUACAUUUGCCAUCAGUUACAAAUACGAAGACUAGUGAUGUUGAUGUCCGGUCAAUAGAAGAUUCAAUGAGAGAAAUGGAGUCGACCCCAAUCACUUCUAUCGGCAUGACCAUCAAAAACGUUCGUGAUAAAUGCGAACAACGACGAAGGCUGCGGAAUUUCUAUAAUUCUCCAAAAAUCAUCAACCAAAAAAGACAUGUAGAAAUCCAACAUCGUUAUCGGCAUCACCUCUGUCGGCGAGAGAGAUUGAAAUUGAAGCAUUCAGAGAAUAAGUCGUCUUCUAAAAAGCCCUUGAUACUCUUCAUUGGUUAUCGGGAGACCGGUGCCGGUUCUCGAAUUAACGGCUUUAGAAAGUAUGGUGGUAAGUGGAAGCAGAAGAUACAUGGGGAAGCAGUUACUGUCUACAUCACGAAUGAGUGCAAGACCUCCCAAACGUGUAUAUUCUGCUUUUCGCUUUUAACAAAUCCUAGGAUUCUUGGCGAAAAGGAAGGAAGUUACAAAGUCAACAAAGGCAUCUUCCUUUGUAUCAAUCCUCGGUGCAUAACUGUCAAGAAUCGAUGUGCAAGUAAGCCGAGAGAUGGACUUUCAGCUCUCGCCAUUGCGCUGGUAGGCCUAAGCUCAGUUAUGUUUGGUGCCGCGCUACCUCCUUUUUACAACGUCAGCCAAAUAACUGCUAAACAUUAUACAAAAAAUAACAUCUAA